ACAACCCGAACAUGCCUAUAAACAACUACGACAUAGUGAUAAUGGGUGGUGGUGUGAUGGGCUGGUCCACUGCCUACUGGCUCAUGAGGAAAGUACCCAGGAAAGCUCGCGGGAAAAUCGGACUCAAUGUUCUCGUGGUCGAGAAGGAUCCUUCCUACACGCGAGCGUCCACGGUGUUAUCUGUGGGGUCCAUCAGGCAACAGUUCACCCUGCCCGAAAACAUCAACAUGUCCAUGUUCUCUUCUCACUUCAUCCGAAACAUCCGAGAGUACCUCAGCGUUUACGAGGAAGACCCACCGGACGUGCAGUUUAACCCUCAGGGCUACUUGUUUCUGGCAACAGCAGAAGGGGCAGAACAACUGAAGCAAGCACACGACACACAGAUAGCACUAGGUGCCAAAGUGAGGCUGUUCACCAAGAGACAACUAGAGGUGAAAUUCCCAUGGCUCAACACUGAAGGGAUAGAGUUGGGAAACUAUGGUAUGGAGAAUGAAGGGUGGUUCGACCCCUGGCUGCUGCUGAUGGCCCUGAAGAAGAAAGCGAUCUCCCUGGGAGUGAACCACUGCCACGGGGAGGUCACUGACCUCAUCGUGGAUGCCAAACCAGGCAUGAUCGAGGGACGGCUCUGUAAGAAGAUAUCACAUGUCAAGGUAAAAAUGAUCAACAGUAUCCAGUACCAGAAUGUGCAGGCAGGACAUUAUAUCAACACAGCCGGUCCCUGGGCGCAAGACAUCGCAAGGAUGAUCGGGAUUGGCCAGGAGGAUCCCAUGGGGCUGGACUGGGAACUGCAGGCACCGCUGCCGGUAGAACCGCGCAAGAGGUACGUGUAUGUGUACCACUGUCCUCGCGGCCCUGGGUUGGACUGCCCCAUGGUGGUGGACCCGUCAGGAACGUACUUCAGGAGGGAGGGGCUAGCCGGGAACUAUCUGUGUGGGAAGUCACCAGAGGAGCAUGAAGAACCAGAUGCCAACCAUUUGGAAGUGGACUACAACUACUUCAACGAGACCAUCUGGCCCAUCCUGGCACACAGGGUCCAGGCUUUCGAGGAACUCAAGCUAAGAAUGGCGUGGGCUGGUUACUAUGACUACAAUACAGUCGAUCAGAACGCCAUCAUCGGAACUCACCCCAUCUACGACAACCUUUACUUCGCAAACGGGUUCAGCGGGCACGGGAUUCAGCAAGCGCCCGCGGUGGGGAGGGCGGUGGCAGAGUUACUCCUGGACGGAGACUUCAAAACGAUAGAUCUCAGGAGGUUCGGCUUCGAGAGAUUUCUGCGAAACGAGCCGAUCAGGGAAAAGAACAUUGUGUAGAAAUAAU